GCUUGCAGGAGAGGCUUGGCACCCCUGGCAGUCGAAAUGAAACUCCUGCUCCCAUUCUCCUGCCUGGUCAGCCUGCUGGCCCUCACCACCGCAGAUUCGGUGAGUGAGGUGCCCGACAAUGAGCCACUGGUGCGUCUACAGCUCCAGAAGGAGGGCGACCGGUUCUCGGGCUGUGACUGCAGCAAAGAGAUUACCCAGAGUUCCUCCAAUGACACACCAGCACCCGAGAGAACCGUCUGCCAGCCUUGCACCGCCGGGCCACACCUGGACGCACCCUCCAGAGAGGAUUCUGUAACCAGUGAGGAGGAGGAGGAAGAUGAGGAGGUGGCUUCAGACGAAGCGAGUGAAGUGGUAGGUGAAGAAGAGUCAGAGCAAGAAGAGGAAAGCAAGGAGCAGGCGUUAGAGAAUGAAGACAACGAGGAGCUGCAGGGGAACGAAGAACACGAGGAAGCAUCUGAGGAGGUGAUGGCUGAAUCAAUUGCAGUGGAGGAUGCAUCAGAAGAAGCUGAGGAUGUGGAAGAGGAGGUUUCGGAAGCAGAACUAGAUACCACCACGACUCUUCCUGGAGAGGAACCUGAGGUUAUAGAGUCUGAAGUUGUAGAGGAGCCAGUGCAAAAGGGGGAAGAGGAAGUUUUGGAAGAACCAGUAUCAGAAGAGGAGACGGUGGAGGAGCCUCAGCGUCAGGGAGUAUUCGGGUUUGAAGCGGUAGCCGCAGAGAUAACGGCCUCAGCGGCUGCGGAUAGCAGCAGUAACCCUGGAGAGUUCAUGGCAGAUGCUGCCCCCAUAGAAGAGUCUAACCCUCCUGCUGGUGAGGAACCAGUCACUGAGGAAGUUAAGCAAGAACUGCCUUCAGAAGCUGAUCCUCCUGUGGAGGAAGCAGUGCCAGAGGACAAGCCCACAAAGAAACCAACACCCAAAGGCUCUGUGAAAGUGGGGAAGACAGCAGCAGAGGGUCCUAAGACGAGGGAUCGGUCUCACAUCGAUGACACACUUCGACUCGCCAUAACUGAGCCAUCUGAGAAGUUUUCAGCCACCCUGAAGAAGCUGCAGCAUAUUUAUCACACGGCCAUUAAGCCUGUGGAGCAGGCGUACAAAUACAAGGAGCUCAGACAGCACGAGGUCUCAGAUGCCGAGAUCGCCUCCAAACCCAUGGUGCUGUUCCUGGGGCCCUGGAGUGUAGGCAAGUCCACCAUGAUCAACUACCUGCUGGGCCUCCAUGACACCCCGCAAGAACUCUACACAGGUGCUGAGCCCACCACCUCUGAGUACACAGUCAUAAUGCACGGCGAGAAGGUACGCACCAUCGAAGGCAUCGUCAUGGCAGCUGACAGCUCCCGCUCAUUCUCACCGCUGGAGAAGUUUGGUCAGGGCUUCCUGGAGAAGCUGAUAGGCAUCGAGAUGCCUCACAAGUUGCUGGAACGGGUCACCCUUGUGGACACACCUGGAAUCAUCGAGAACCGCAAGCAGCAGGAAAGAGGUUACCCUUAUAAUGAGGUGUGCCAGUGGUUUAUUGACCGAGCUGACCUGAUCUUCCUGGUGUUUGACCCCACCAAGCUGGACGUGGGCCUGGAGCUGGAGAUGCUUUUCAAACAGAUGAAGGGUCGUGAGUCUCAGAUCCGCAUUAUCCUCAACAAAGCAGACAACCUGGCCACCCAGGACCUGAUGCGAGUGUAUGGCGCCCUGUUCUGGAGCAUGGCACCACUGAUUAACGUGACCGAGCCGCCACGCGUCUACGUCAGCUCGUUCUGGCCGCGAGAGUAUGUGCCCGACACCAUUCAUGACCUCUUCAUGAAGGAGGAGAUCUCCCUGCUGGAGGACCUAAACCAGGUGAUCGAGAACCAACUGGAGAACAAGAUCGCCUUCGUUCGGCAGCACGCCAUCCGGGUGCGCGUCCACGCCCUGCUGGUGGACCGCUAUCUCCAAACGUUUUACGAGAAGCUGGGCUGGUUCGCUGAUCCAGAUGAGGUUUUCCGUGACAUCGCGGCCGACCCUGACCGCUUCUACAUCUUCAAAUCUGUGCUGGCCAAGGCCAACGUGAGCAAGUUUGACCUGCCAGAGCCCGAGGUGUACCAGGACUUCUUCGGGGUGAACCCAGUGAGUGGAUUCAAGCGGCUGGAGUCACAGUGCGGCUGGACGGGAGGUUGCCUGCUGCAGAAGAUAGAGAAGGCCAUCGGGGAGGAGCUGCCCGCUCUGCUCAGCAGCCUGACCGAGAGGAAAGAGACAGUCAAACAGGAGAAGUCAAAGGCUCAGGAGAAGCCCCAAGCUGAGGAGAAGCCCCAAGCCGAAGAGAAGCCCAAGAACCGCUGGCGGAGGCAGUGAGGGAAAGAGAGAGAGAGGGGCGAGAAAGAUUGAGUAGGAGGGAGUAGGGUGAUGUUCCUAAUAGGGGUGCACACUGGCUCUGUUCAUACUGGACAUCAAGCCAGUGAAUGGAUGGAUGGAUGGAUGAAUAAAUUGAUUAAUAAAUUAAAAAUGUGAAUGAAUAACUGAAUGAAUGAAUGGUUAGGGUGAGAAAAAUGAUGGAUGACAGUAGAAGGAAUGGAUGGAUGAAUGAACAAAUGCAUGAAUGAUAGAUGAAUGAACAAAUGUACAGAUGGAUGAAUGAACGAAUGACCAGACCAGGGGAUCAGAGAAACAGGAUGACAGUACCAGGAAUGAAUGAAUGAAUGAAUGAACAGACGAACAAGUAAACGAAUGAAUGAGAAGCAUGACAAUGGAUGAACUAACGGAUGAAAGUGAGAAUGAAUGGUUCAAUGAAUGAAUGAAUGAAGGAUGAUGAUUAUGGGAUGAAAGAAAUAAAGGACAGUUCAAAGGGAGAAUGAAUGAAUAGCAUGCAUAGUUGAAUGAGCAAAUGGAUGAAAUGACAAAUAUAUGGAUGAAUGAAUGAAUGGACAGAAAGGGGGAUCAGAGAAAUGGGGUGACAGUAAAGGGAGUGAAUGAAUGAAUCAGUGAACAAGUGAAUGAAUGAAUGAACAAACGAUUGAACAUAUGAAUCAAGAAACAUGACCGUGGAUGAACUAACAGAUAAAAGUGUGAAUGAAUGGUUGAACGAAUUAAUGACUGAAUGAAUAAAGAAUGAUGAUUAUGGGACGAGAGAAAUGAAGACAGUUCAAAGGGAAUGUAUGAAUGAAUGAAUAACAUAGUUAAAUACGAAUGAAUGGACAGAAAGGGGGAUCAGACAAACGGCUUGACAGUAAAGGGAACGAAUGAAUGAAUUAACAAAUGAAUUGAUGAAUAAUUUAAUUAAGGAACAGCUGACAGAGAGGAACGAGGGAUGAAACUACGAAGAGGAAAAAAAAACAUGAAUUCAGAGCCGUGAAGGAAAUCCAGAGGGAGUGGAGGCAGUUUGAACACAGAGACUCUCAGAGGUCGCUGAUGUAUACGGCAGAAAUAAUCCAGGUUUAUGUAUAAAUAUUUAAAUAUCAACUUAAUCAGAGUUGCUGGUCUAGAACCAGCUUCGACCUGCAGCGUAUACCUGUAUUCCAUUGGGUAUUCAUGGUAGGAGCUGAUUCCAGACCAGCGCUCCCAGUGCGAUGUGUUAUGAAUGUAGCCACUCUUUUGUUUCUUUCAAUCACAUCUGUUUGCCAGUGAUUUAUUUAUUUACUGUUUCUUUCCACGAAAUGCACCAGGUUAUUAAUCUUCAUCGUUGAUAUUCGAGUAAGUGGUGGGCUUGUCGACUUGUGCUCUUUUAGAAAGCAUGUCUUACAUUGUGACUUGAGGUAGCUGUAAUGCGUAUGAUUAGUAAUUUUGAUCGUUUCAUUGUGGUGACUGACGUUGAAUGUUUCUAGUGCUGCAUGUGAAAUAUAGCAUCACAUUAAAGCUGUGUUUUUCUGUC